UUUCCACCGGCUCCACGUCCGCGGCUCCCCGCGCCUCGUCUCCUUUCCCCUCCUCACCCGGCGGCCGCCGCUGCCCGCGAUGGUGGCAAGGCUGCUGGGCGGCGGCGGCGGGGCCCGCGGGGGGACCGUGCCGGGAGCCUGGCUUUGCCUGAUGGCGCUGCUGCAGCUGCUGGGCUCGGCGCCGCAGGGCUCGGGGCUGGCGCACGGCCGCCGCCUCAUCUGCUGGCAGGCGCUGUUGCAGUGCCAGGGGGAGCCGGAGUGCAGCUACGCCUACAACCAGUACGCCGAGGCGUGCGCGCCGGUGCUGGCGCAGCGCAGCGGGGGCGACGCGCCGGGGGCCGCCGCCGCCGCCGCCUUCCCGGCCUCUGCCGCCUCUUUCUCGUCACGCUGGCGCUGCCCUAGCCACUGCAUCUCUGCCCUCAUUCAGCUCAACCACACGCGCCGCGGGCCCGCCCUGGAAGACUGUGACUGCGCUCAGGACGAGAACUGCAAGUCCACCAAGCGCGCCAUUGAGCCGUGCUUACCCCGAACAAGCGGCGGCGGCGGCGCGGGCGGCCCGGGCGCGGGCGGGGUCAUGGGCUGCACGGAGGCCCGGCGGCGCUGCGACCGCGACAGCCGCUGCAACCUGGCGCUAAGCCGCUAUCUGACCUACUGCGGUAAGCUCUUCAACGGGCUGCGCUGCACCGACGAGUGCCGCACAGUCAUCGAGGACAUGCUGGCCGUGCCCAAGGCGGCGCUGCUCAACGACUGCGUGUGCGACGGCCUUGAGCGGCCCAUCUGUGAGUCGGUCAAGGAGAACAUGGACCGCCUGUGCUUCGGCGCCGAGAUAGGCAACGGCCAGGGCAGCAGCGGCUCGGACGGGGGCCUGGACGAUUACUACGACGAGGACUACGAUGACGAGCAGCGCGCUGGGGGUGCAGGCGGCGAACAGCCGCUGGACGACGACGAUGGCGUCCCACACCCACCGCGCCCGGGUGGCGGCGCUGUUGCGGCUGGAGGCCACGGGGACCUACCCUACGGGCCCGGGCGCCGGAGCGGCGGAGGCCGCUCGGCGCCCCAAGACGCUUGGACCCCGCUUGCCUCCAUCUUGCUGUUGCUCCUGUGGCCACUCUUUUAGCCCUCACGCCCCCGGCGGAUGACUGCGGGAGGGCCCGGGCCCUGCGCCGGUGCGCGCUCCCCAGCUUGCUCACGCGGCCGGGCACCUGUGGCCGCGGCUAGUCACACGGCUUGGGGACGGGUAGAGGGGACAGUUGGGGAUACUUGCCGAAACUUUAUCGAAAUAGACUCUGCCUAGCUGGUUUCCCUGCCCCGAGUCUUGGCACGUUCCCCCUCUCCUUUG